GAGGAAUGCGACAAAUGACAAACAUUUACAGCGAUUAAUAUGAGGAGAAACUGCUGUGGAGAGGGAGAGAGACAGUUGGCACUGAGAAACUGUUGGAAAUCCGCUGUAUCUGCUUACCGCCAGUGACACUGAAAUAAUCUCGUCAGUCUUCAGAGCAGCCAAACACUGGAUGGCGAUGGCGCUACCUGCAGCCUUUCUAUCUGAAGACCAGUUCACCUGCUCGAUCUGUCUGGAGGUGUUCACCAACCCAGUCUCAACUCCAUGUGGCCACAGCUUCUGCCAGGCCUGCAUCUCUUCCUACUGGGAUGGAUCAGCAACAGGAGGAGGAGGAGGAGGACGAGGAGAGGGGAGAAACUCCAAGGCCUACCAGUGUCCCCUCUGCAAGGAGUCCUUCCGCAAGCGACCUGAGCUCCAUAUCAACCGAACCUUGAAGGAAAUCACUGAACGGUUCAAGGAGAUGGCCAACGCUGGAGUGCCGUGGGAUGGCAGCGGUGGAGGAGGAGUGGAGGAUCCAAACUCACAUUUACAGCAUCAUCAUCACCCGGCACUGACAACAUCAUCACCUCAGAGGCCGGGGGAGAUGCCAGAGACUGUCUUUGCUGAGAUGAUGUCUCGUUUUCAGCUGCUGCCAACUUCCAGGAUGCCUCACAACCAAAGCCCCGGUUCAGUCAAUGCUCACCGGUCCUUCCAGGCUCAGAACCAUAUGCCCCAUGACGACCCUCCUCCACCCUACUCACCUCCAGCCUACUUACCCUCCCGCAGGUACACUCUGAGCGGCUCCAUUGACUCUCCCCCCAGUCUGCCUCUGUGUCCCAUUCACCUGAGAGGUCUCGAGUUCUUCUGUCGUACUGAUAACACCUGCGUCUGCAGCGUCUGCGUGGAGACAGCGGAGCACCGAGGACACAGUGUCAUCCCCGCCAAGAGAGAGUGGCACAUCAAGAAGUCCCAGUUAGGUAUUGCAGAGGUGGAGCUGAAGGAUCUCAUCUGUGAGAGAGAGAGAAAAGUCGAGGAGAUACAAAAUUCUUUACGAGAAAUACAGGCCGCUGCUCAGAGAGAGACAGAGGGAGCUGUUUGUGUGUUUUCCAAGCUGAUCUCCAGUCUGGAGCGCUGCCAAGCUGAAGUCUUGGAGAUAUUAGAGAUGACUCGGCGAGCGGCUGAGCACAAAGCCAAGAUUCUGCUGAGAGAGCUGGAGGAGGAGAUAACUGAGCUGAAAAACAGGAGUGCAGCACUGAGCGAGCUGGCUCUGUCUGAAGACUGUGUAUACUUUCUCAAGACGUUCCCUGCAGUGUCCACCCCUCCACAAGCGAAGGACUGGUCCAGUGUCUCUGUGGUGUCUGAGCUGACCUCAGGGGUGGUCCUCAGGACUGUCAAUCAAAUGAUGGAGCGCUUUGAGGAAGAGUUGCAGAAACUGCCAGAAGUCUGCCAGCGAUCCCUGUCGGACCAGUCUGUACCCAGACCUAACACAAAGGUGAGAAGGGUUCAAGAGUAUGCAGCUGACAUCACUUUAGACGCCAACACAGCCCACCCACGUCUCAUCAUCUCAGCAGACGGGAAGCAGGUGCACUGUGGUGACCGCCAUCAGGCCGUACCUGACAACCCCGAGCGCUUUGACCGGGUGGUGUGUGUGUUGGCCACCCAGAGCUUCAACUCAGGACGGCAUUAUUGGGAGGUGGAAGUGGAAGGAAAGACAGACUGGGACGUGGGAGUAGCAAGCCGCUCUGUCAAUCGGAAGGGCAAAAUCACGGUAAGCCCUGCCCAUGGCUACUGGUUUCUCAGCCUGCGGGAUCGGACCAACUACGCCUUUCGGACCGAGCCCUCAACCAACCUGACAGUCAACCUCAAACCCUCCCGGAUCGGAAUCUACGUGGACUGUGACAAGGGACUGGUGUCCUUCUACAAUGUGGAGGCCAGAUUGCUCAUCUAUACGUUCACCGAUAUCUUUUCUGACACCAUCCAUCCAUUCUUCAGCCCCUGUACCAAUAAGUCAGGGCGGAAUGAGGCUCCGCUAAUCAUUUGCCCUGUUGCAGCGAUAGAAUGAAAUGAGCCAGCGAGUUAAGGACCAAUGAAGGAUGCUUCCACAAGCUUCAAUGUAUGUUUGUCGAAGACUAAGAUGCACAAACAUGAAGAAAAGAUCACAUCAUUCCUCCAUUACAAUAGAGUUGAUAAUGAGUGGGCCAUUUGUUAACUGAGGUUACUUUAGGGUAAGGUGACUCUGAUGUAGUGUUAGUUUUAUGAGCCCAUUUCAACACUUUCAGACUGAAGUCAGCAGUAGCCAGUUGAAACAUCGUUCUCUGUGCGUCUUCUGGCAGCAGCUCAAUCAGGUGCCUCGGACCUAAAGGACUUCCAAAGAAAAAGGAAGACUUGGAGCACAGUAAUACAUUUUCAGCCUAUAAUUGUGCAAAUGGCGAUGCACAAUGACAGUUCAAUACCAGUGUGCCUUCAUCAGAGUCAAAAGCACUCCGCAGCAGCUGUAAUGAAUCUUCAGGUUUGGUCAGGGUUGUAAUCACCCAUUUAACUUUUCAAUCAACAUCCUCUGUGAAUCAACCGCCUAGUGGGAUCUGGGAGGAAUUCCCAUUGUAGAAUUUUUUGUUUUUAAAUUAACAGCUAACAGACUAUUGCAGAGCAUUUUGAAACAAAUACCUUAAAUCAGGGUUCUAAAAUUUUUGAUGACUGAUUGCCAUUUUAGGGAGCGAGCAUCUAAUUAAGGGGCAACACCAGAUAAGUGCACACACGAAUCACUGCAUUUCAUUAACAGUUUCUCUUCCCCACAUUCCCUUCGCCACAGCCCUUAGUAUUACGUAACAGCUUACACACACACACACACACACAGCCGCCACUUGGAGAGCACAAAGAAAGUGGGCAGGAGAUUGAAAUGAAACACACCUGCCCUCCUUCACUUUCAGCCCAACUUUUAUUGAUCAACCGCCAGUAAUUAGCUGCACCAGUUUCUUAUUUAGAAAUAUUUGUUUAAGAUAUGUAUCAUGGUUAUCAUUAAUAUUAUAUUUACAGGUUUAUAAUAUCAAUCUGAAAUAUGUAAAUAUUAACUGCAGUUGGUUAUAUGACAAUUUUCAAUAAAAUAUCAGCUGUCAAUGAAAUUUUCCUCAGCAACUAUCUACUAAUAGAUGAGUGGGCUAAAUCUAUACACAUGUAAACCUACCUGAACAGACCAAUAAGAUAUUUUAGAAAAGCCGAAACUGAAAAGCGUGUAAGAUAAUGACUGUAUUUAAUCUGAUUCACACCAAGUUCACCUCAAUUUUUCAGACUAUUGGAACAGUCCUUGAGAUGGUGGUGGGGAUUCCCCGAGGGCAGGUGCCAAGGGGAAGUGAACAGUCAUGCUGAAUGAUUAAUGGCUUGCAACUUUCUUAUAAUGAUUAUUUGGAUAUAUUGUACUACGACUUUUUUUUAAUGACGUACAAUACUAUCGCUUUUUUGAAACUUAUCUUUAUACAUGCAAUCAUUUCCUUUUUGCCAUUUUCCCUUUCAUAUUUGAUUAAAUGGAAAAUCAAAAAUACAAAAUCUUGCACUGUCAGUUUGUCAAAACAAAUAAGCGGGAGGAACUAUUGUAUUUCCACUGAACUUCAUCCACCAUGUGUCUCAGUCUGCCCUGACUCUCUCCUGCUGCUGCAAGAUUUUUCCAUUUACCCCACUUACGCCUCCCUCUCCACCCGGCCACUCCUCCUCAUCAGCCUCCACCUAGUGCCUCCAGCUGCUCUUCAUCUCCGAUCAAGACAGUAUUUUAGCAGCUUUCCAGUUUUCCUUGUUUUGAAUCGGCUCAUCUCUGACCACCUCGCCUCAUCUCUGCCCCGGUAAACCUAAUAGUAUUCUGUCUCCAAUCAUGAGUUUUGCCUGUGACUUUGCGGUGUUUUAGGCUACUGCUUUGGCUCCAUCGAGAGAGAUCGCCAUUCUUCCUGCCAUCUUUAUCGCCGAGCAAAACAUCUCUUCCAUUUGAGUGUCCUCUGGUACAGCACUUCCCUGCCUGUCCCCGUUGAUCCCGCUUCCUGCUCCUACUGGAUUCAUCUGCUCUGCUUCCUGCCUGCCCGACGCCAACUCUGCUUCUUUCUUGACCAUGAGCCCUGCCUGCCCCUCUACAGAGUCCCUGCUUUUCCUCACAAGCUCCCUGUGAUGCAGGAUUGUAACAGAAAGGUCACAAGUUCAUUCCCCAGACAGGCAGGAUGAAUCUGGGUGAGGAAAGUGAAAGAGACACCUCCCUCAUUACCACCCCAUGUUCUGGCUCUGCCCCGCGGCCUCCAAACGGUUGUAUGUGCCUGGAAAAUUUGUGAUGGGAGGCGCCCAGGAGGCAUCCUAAUCAGAUGCUGUAACACCACAACUAAAAGCACUAU